CUAAUAAUAUUCAGAUAAAAUAAUAAACUUGUAACUUUUUUUUGCGACCUUUAAAGGGAAUAAUUUUCAUUUUAAAUAUUUUAUGAUAAAUAACUGUUUAAAAUAAUUGAUUAAAUUAAAUUUGUGAAUUAAAAUAUCAUUCCCCUUUUCCAAAAAAUGCAAUAGACUAAGAAAUUUUAAAUCUUUCCUUAAAAAUUUAAUACCGAUUAUUUUUCUAAUAAAUUUUAUUAUUCCAAAAAAUGGAGGCGUGGGAUGACAUUAAAAGUGAUCCAGAUAGAGGUUUAAGAUAUCCUGAGGCAAAAGAUUUAUGGACACCUUUAUAUUUAGCUGGAGUUAUUAUGUUGAUUCGAUAUAUUUUUGAAAGACUUAUAGCUUUUCCUCUGGGACGAUUAUACAAUCUCUCCGACAAGCCGAUAUAUAUGAAAAAUAUUCGUUCUGAACGCACAUCUCAAAUUUCGCAUGGGAACAAAUUUUCGAAAUCUCACAAAUCUUCUAAUCAAAAUCAUAAAAACGGGUUCCUCAAUCAAAAUACCGAAUCGCACGAAAGGAAGAACGGUUUAAAUAAUGGUCGGGCCAUGGAUGACUCCUUUACCAACAAAAACGAGAGGUUAUUGAAGAGGUAUAAGCCCAGUCCACUCGUCAAAUUUUCCGAGAGUUGUUGGCGAUUUACGUAUUACAUCCUCGCUUUUACCUUUGGCGUCGCCGUUCUAUGGAAUAAACCAUGGUUUUGGGACUCUAACGAGUGCUGGAUUGGGUUUCCCUUCCAAACUAUAACAUCGGGCAUGUAUUGGUAUUAUAUGGUAGAGAUAGGGUUUUACUGCUCCUUGAUGAUUUCGCAGUUCAAAGAUGUCAAAAGAAAAGAUUUUUGGCAAAUGUUUAUCCAUCACAUAUGCACACUUUUGCUCCUGGUUUUUUCGUGGAUAGACAAUAUGGUUAGGAUGGGAACGUUGGUUUUAGUUAUACACGACGUCGUUGAUUUUUGGAUGGAGGCUGCCAAAAUGGCGAAUUACUGCAAAUUCUAUAAACUCUGCAACACGAUAUUCACUCUAUUCACCCUCAUUUGGUUCAUUACGAGAUUGGUGAUUUACCCUUAUAGAGUCAUAUACCCUGCCCUUUUUAUAGCUCAUCUCAAUAUGGAUUCCUUCUUCGCAGCUUAUUACCUCUACAACGCGUUAUUGAUUUUGCUUUUCUUUCUCCACGUUUUUUGGUUCGUUAUCAUUUGCAAAAUCGCCUUCAAAUCACUCAAAUGCGGAAAAGUGGAAAAAGAUGAGAGAAGUUCUUCAGAAUGCGAUUCAGACGAAUAGUUUAUUUUUUUGAAAAAAUUUCCUGAAAAACAAACUCAACACAUGUUGUUUUAAAUAAAUAUAGAAACUUAAACUUAUUUAUUAUACCUAUGUUUAUAAUAUAUUGUAAAAUGCAUAAAAUAAUUAUUCCUUUUUUUUUUCUAAAUCAGGUCAGAGAAUUAUUUACGAUUUAAUUAUAUUCAAAACGCAAUUUUUAUAAAUCUAUUAAAUAUUUUAUAUGUUUGAAUUAUUUAACAUGUAAACUGGCCACGUUAAUUUUUUUCCUUCCAAAUUUAUUUUCAUCGAAUUAUUCAUUUUAACAAUUAAUAAUUGAGCCAAAUAUUAUUGCCCCCUAUGAUUAUUUAUAAAAAUCCAAAUGGCUUUAAAAUCAUGUUUUUAAUAUAUUAUAGGAAUUUAUUGAACAAUUUUUGCUGUUCACAUUUAAAAAAACAUCAACUUUUCCAUUAUUUUGAUUUAUGGCACCUUUUAUUUUUAUUAUUAUUAAAAUUAUUUUUUUAUAAAACAUUAUAUUUGAAAUCAAUAAAUUCACAAUCCCAG